AGCAGCGACUGUGUUAUGUGUUGCUACCCGUUGACAUGGUGUGGGUGCCGCGGUGAGGGCGUCGCCAUGUGGCGCGGCGCGCGAGCGCUGCUGCUGGCGGCGCUGGCGCUGCUGGCGAGCGCCGGGCCCUCGCUCGCCGCCAAGAAGUACAGUCUCACCAUCGGCUACCUGCCCUCCAUCAAGGGCGAGCUGCGCGACCGGCAGGGGCUCGCCAUCUCAGGGGCCCUCUCUAUGGCUCUCGAAGAGAUCAACAACAGCACAGACAUCCUGCCGGAGGUAGAACUGAGGCUGGAGUGGAACGACACCAAGUGCGACACCAUCACAGCCACGCGGCUGCUCACUGAUAUGAGCUGUAGCGGCGUGGUGGCCUUCUUCGGGCCCGAAGGCCGCUGCCACACCGAGGCCAUCAUCGCGCAGUCCAGGAAUCUGCCCAUGAUAUCAUACAAAUGUUCAGAUUACCAAAGUUCAGUGCUUCCCAACUUUGCAAGACUGGAGCCUCCAGAUACACAGGCGACGAAAUCUGUAAUAUCGUUACUGAGAUACUACAGAUGGAACAAGUUCUCGAUAUUGUACGAGGAGCAGUGGGUGACUGUGGCGCUGACCUUGGAAAACCACGCGAAGAAAAACAACAUGACCGUUAACCACCAGAGGCCCGUCAUCGAAGGGUUCAAGUGCUGCGAGGAGAAGCGAACCUGUUGCGCGCCCGGCUUUUGGUACCAGUUCAUACAGGACACUAAAAAUAGAACAAGAAUUUACGUAUUUUUGGGAACGACGGCCGGUCUCAUUGACAUGAUGUCUGCUAUGGAAUCUUUGAAACUAUUCAUGAAUGGAGAAUACAUGGUCAUAUUUGUUGAUAUGAUGACAUAUUCCACUAGGGAGUCGUUGAAGUACUUGAUUAAAACGGAGGACCGAGGGUCGAAAUUGGUGUGCCCAAAUACGAAAGAGUUCAAGAAACGUGCACAGUCGCUUCUGGUGGUGGUAUCCUCCGAACCGGUGGGCAGCUUUGAGAAUUUUACCGCCCGAGUACGCCACUACAACGCUAUGAAACCAUUCCUGUUUCCACUUCCAACAGUCUUUGAGAACAAAUUCAAUAAGUUCGUCUCCAUAUACGCUGCAUAUCUAUACGACUCUGUAAAGCUUUACGCUACUGCCUUGGAUAAACUGAUUAGAGAGGAUACCGACAAAGAAGCGCUUACUCAGCAGAAAUUAAUUAGUAUCGCUUCUAAUGGAACACGGAUCGUCGCUAAAAUGAUUCAGAGUACUCCAUACAAAAGUGUGUCGGGCAUGACGAUUCGACUGGACGAGAGAGGAGACUCCGAGGGAAACUUCUCGGUGCUCGCGUUCAAGCCUCUGACCGAUGACGACGUCAACUGUUCCUACAGCAUGAUUCCUGUUGGACACUUCCACCAGAGCAACAGGGAAUUCCCAGAAUAUAAAUUGAAUCCGAAACUGCCUAUCGAUUGGCCGGACAACGUGAAGCCAGAGGAUGAGCCAUCGUGCGGGUUUCUGAAUGAGAAAUGUCCGAAAGACGACUCUCAAAUAACUUCGCUGGUGGUGGCUGGUACUCUGGCGGUGACGCUGUUCUGUGCGCUGGUGGUCACCAUCAGUAUUUACCGCAAGUGGAAGAUCGAGCAGGAAAUCGAGGGUCUCCUAUGGAAGGUUGAUUCGAACGAAAUCGCAGGUUAUUUGGGUAGCGGACUUAUUUGUUCUCCUAGUAAGCUUAGUUUAGCAAGUGGCAUAUCGUGCGAGAGUAGGUGCUGUACACAGAUAUUCACCACCACAGCUCAGUACAAAGGGAAUGUUGUUAGAAUUAAGGAAUUGAAGUUCUCGAAAAAGAAGGACAUCUCCCGCGAGGUGAUGAAGGAGAUGAGGCUAUUGCGUGAGCUGCGGCACGACAACUUGAACUCUUUCAUCGGCGCAGUCGUGGAGCCACUCCGUGUGCUCAUCCUCACUGACUACUGCGCCAAAGGGAGCUUGUAUGAUAUAAUUGAAAAUGAAGAUAUAAAGUUAGAUAAGAUGUUUAUAUCUUCGCUAAUCCAUGAUCUCAUAAAGGGUAUGACGUUUAUUCAUACUUCGCCAUUAAUUUUUCACGGAAAUCUCAAGUCCUCGAAUUGUGUAGUAACGUCAAGAUGGAUGUUGCAGGUCACAGAUUUUGGUCUCCACGAGUUACGAUAUUGUGCCGAAAAUGAUUUUAUUGGAGAGCAUCAAUAUUACAGAGGGUUUUUGUGGAAGUCUCCAGAGCUCCUUCGGGAGUUGGAUAAUCCCAACGGAAGCUUGGGUGGGACGCAAAAAGGAGACGUUUAUGCAUUUGGUAUAAUUUUAUACGAAAUCAUCGCCAGGCGGGGGCCAUUCGGAGUGACUUCUCUAGAGCCCAAAGACAUAGUAGAGAGGGUCAAAAACCCGAAGCUGGACGGCGAAGAAGUGUUUCGGCCCGACACCAGCAGUAUAGAAGGCGUGACGGAGGACUACGUCAUCCAGUGCAUGCGCGACUGCUGGGCCGAGGACCCCAACCUGCGGCCCGACUUCCCCACUAUACGCUCCCGCCUAAAGAAAAUGAAGUCUGGGAAGUCAAGGAACAUAAUGGACCAAAUGAUGGACAUGAUGGAGAAGUAUGCUAAUAAUUUAGAAGAACUAGUCAACGAAAGAACGAGGCUACUCAUAGAAGAAAAACAGAAAACCGAAGAUUUACUACAUAGAAUGCUACCAAAGUCUGUGGCGCGCCGGUUGACGACCGGGGAAGGCGUGGAACCAGAGUCCUUCGACUCCGUAACGAUAUACUUCAGCGACAUCGUCGGCUUCACCGCUAUGUCGGCAGAGAGCACGCCGCUACAGGUCGUGAACUUUCUCAACGACUUGUACACUGUGUUCGACAGGAUCAUCAGGGGUUACGACGUUUAUAAGGUCGAGACGAUUGGUGAUGCUUAUAUGGUGGUAUCGGGUCUACCAAUAAGGAACAACGAUCGACACGUGGGUGAAAUCGCGUCAAUGGCGCUCGAAUUGUUGAACGCAGUCAAGAGUCACAAGAUAUCUCAUAGACCAAAUGAAACUCUCAAACUAAGGAUAGGAAUACACACAGGUCCCGUAGUAGCGGGCGUGGUAGGGCUGACGAUGCCUCGCUACUGCCUAUUCGGGGACACGGUGAACACGGCGUCGCGAAUGGAGUCAAACGGCGAGCCGCUGCGUAUACACAUUUCGCCGAACUGCAAGUAUGCGCUCGACAAGAUCGGCGGGUAUGUCGUCGAGCCGAGAGGCACGAUACCCAUCAAGGGGAAGGGGCAGGUGCAGACGUAUUGGCUAGUCAGCGCGACGGAGAAGGCGAUCCAGAAGCGACCGGUGGAGGGCGAGGAGCGGCCGCUGUUCCGUCGCCCGCGCAAGAGCCCCAAGCUAACAGACUCAAGGCACGCGUCGUUAUCAGGCGACUGUUGGCUAGGCGGCGUGUGCGGCGUGCGCCAGCGCGUGGCCAGCAGCACGCGCUCCGCCGGCGGCGACUCCGGCGCGCGCGGCUCGCGCUCCUCCCUACCCGCGGCGGCGCUGCUACCGGCUUGCGCGGCCAUGCAGCCUGCACUACCCGCGCCCUCGUCACCACCGGCUUCGCGCCGUAUACGCACAGAUUUGGCUGCCAGAACCAGGCACGCGCUGAGCUCGAUCGCGUCGUCGACGGCGGGCGAGUGCGAGGGCGAGGCGACGCUGCGCGCGGCGCAGUCGCUGGACGGGCUCGCGCGCGUGCGCCGCCACCACACCACGCGCUCGCUCGGCGCCGACGCGCCCGUCUCCACCGUCUCCGGGGACCCCGUCUUCAACGGCACCAUCAUCGGCAUCGUCACCGACGACAAGACCGAGGACAGCCCGCUCCUCCGAAAGUGCAGCCUCUACAACAAGUUCGAGCGGCCCAAGAGAAAAGUCCACGACACCAACUACAUCGAGUUCUACAAGAAGUGGCGCUCGUUGGAGAACAUCGCCGUGGAGAAGAGCGACGUGCGCAAGAACCCGCGCUUCGCGAUCCGCUCGUGGCUGCUCGGCAUCUUCAGCGGCACCCGCAGCAGCGACUCCUCGCUGCGCCGCGCGCCGCCGCUGCUCGACAAGGAGUCCGCCGUCUGAGCGCGACCGCCGCAAACACAUAGACGCCAGCCCGCUUAAAGUCCGGUCGCUGAGCAGAUAGAAUUUCGUCUUAUGACCCCAAGCUACCCAUCCUUGUUGCUCACAUGUAAUUAUAUUGCUGUCGCGCUCGCACACUCACUGCGGCCGCCUGCCGAACAGUCGCUAUAGCAAUAUAAUUACGUGCGAGUGAUAAGGAUGGGUAGCUUGGGGUCAUUGGACGAAAUUCUAUCUGCUCGGCAACCGGACUAGAAGUCAUCACGGAGUCGUGCGAUACGUACUUCGGUCGUAUCGCUUCGUCCACUCAUACUCGUAUUCUAGUUUAUCAGUAGCGUAGGUCAGUCAAUUCGUAGGUGUAACGUGUAAUUUAUUUCGGGGCCUAUGUGUUCUGCGUAUAUCCUACUCCGAUUCGAUGUAUAUCAGGCACGUGUAUGUAUAUGAAACGCUGUUGUAAAUAAUAUAUGUAAGUAAAACGAUGUUACCGUGAAUUGUGAAAUAAGAGUUUAAUGUUAUUAAAUAAUUUCUAUUUAA